AUGGAAUUUUUCCCGGAAUUUCCCGCCCGUUUUUCUACAUUUCACCCGUCCGGUUUCGUAUUUUCGGAAAAAUUCGGAAUCGGACAGAAUACGUCCACGCCAGCCGCCACCCCACCCUCUCGCAGUCGCGCGGUCUCGCCUCCACACCACCCGGCCACACUCCAGGCAGUCGCCGGCCGCCGCUCUAACGCCUCCACGCCGGUCCUGCUGAGUUCGGCCAUGUCAAAUCUUGCUCGUUCCAACUCGUUGCCGGCAGCUCGAAAAGCCGUGCCUUCUCGAUGCCGCCGGACAAGCAUCUCGGUUUGGGGACCAUGUUGCCAGACCCGCCGGAGCCAGCACCUUCGAUUAAAGACAGCAGCAGCGGAUCCAUUACUGGUAAGCACCGUUUUCCCCCCUCUAUCUCAGAGUAAUCUCAGAGUCUGUAAGGUGAAUGUCGGUGUGUCGUCAGCAUCAUGUUCAGUGGCACAAAAUGAAGACACAGUCCCUCCGAACCAAGAGGCAAAUCAUUUAAGCAAUGAAGAAAUAAUUGCCCUUGACGAUGAGGAUGCUGAGGCUGAGGGAGAGGAGGUUGGUGGGACAACAGGAAAGAGGAAGAAAAGGUGCACAUCUGCUGUGUGGCAAUAUUUUACCAAGAAGACAGUGGUAGUAGAGGUUGACGGCAAGAAGUAUGAGCAACUGUGGGGCUACUGCAACUUCCCAAAGUGCAGCGCUAGGUACAGAGCCGAGUCUGUCAAUGGAACAAAUGCAUUUCGGAGCCAUUUGAGAUCAACCCACAGCAUUGUAAAAGGUCAGUUGCAGCUCAAGACUGAAAGGGACCGUGGAAAAGAUGUAACUUUAGUGCAGGCUUUCAAGUAUGACCUUGAGACUAGUAUCAAAAAAUUCUAUUUGGCAAUAAUUAUGCAUGAAUACCCGUUCAAUAUGGUUGAGCAUGAGUACUUUGUUGAUGCCCUUAUGUCUUUGCGUCCAAACUUUGCCUUCAAGUCAAGAGUCACUGCUAAAAAAGAUAUAAUGGACAUGUAUACAGAAGAAAAAGAUAAGUUGUAUGAUCUCAUGAAAAAAAUGCCAUCUCGCUUUAGUGCAACCAUGGAUGUAUGGAUAUUAUGUCAGAACAAAAGUUACAUGUGUGUGACUUUGCAUUGGAUAGAUGAUGAUUGGAAAAUUCAGAAGAGGAUUGUGGCUUUGUUUCAUCUAGAGGGACGACACACUGGUCAUAGGUUGGCACAGGCCUUUACUGAAGUAUUGGUCAAAUGGUUUGUUGAGAAGAAAAUGUUUGCCUUGACUUUGGACAAUGCAUCAAAUAAUUUAGUAGCAGUCACAGAUAUUAUUGAGGAUUUUAAACUGAAUGGAAAUGGUUCUUUGGUUUGUGAUGGCAUAUUUUUCCACAUUAGAUGUGCAUGCCACAUACUUAACUUGGUUGCUAAAGAUGGGAUGGCUGUUAUUUCAAAACAAUUAGAAAAGAUUAAAGCAUUGGUAUUGGCUGUGAAGGGCUCUCCCUUGCAAUGGGAGGAGCUUAUGAAAUGUGCUGCUCAGUGUGGGUUGGAUACAUCAAAGGGCAUUAAACUUGAUGUGUCAACUAGAUGGAACUCAACUUAUAUGAUGCUCCGAGAUGCACUGUACUACAAGCCUGCUUUCAUUAGGCUCAAGAUUGCAAAUCGCCGUAAGUAUGAGAAAAUUUCUCCCUCUGAUACUGAUUGGGGCAUGGCUGCUACAAUAUUUCAAUGCUUGGAAAUAUUUUAUGAUCUCACUGCACUGCUUUCUGGUCGUCAAUGCAUUCCAUCCAUAGUGGCUGAUCUGAAACCGGAUGACACCAUGGAGAAGGAGCAUGUCCCCCUAAAUGAUGAUAGUGAAAGUGAUCCUGAUGAGAUGGAUGAUGCUGGAGAGCUGUGA